CAAAGAUAAGAACAGAUAUUUAACUAAUUUAUUCAUCCUUUCUCAAAACAGCCGUCGCCGUCGCCGUCGCCGUCGCCGUCAUCUCUUCCACCACCCACGGCCCUCUCCCCCUGCGCUCGGUGAAAUUUGAAUAACUCUAAGGUUCGAGAUCGUCGCAUAUUCGUCUCUCUGCACGAAAUCGAACACCUUCCGCACGGCUAGCAAUAUGGUCUCAGGAUUAAUAAAUGCGAACCCUGUUGUCUAUGAAAAGAAGGAGCGUCGAACUCGAAGUGCACCAGUUGAUGUCGAUGAAUAUGCAGCUGAGGAAAUUGACCAGCUAGAAAUUUUUGAGCAUAUUAGAGACAUAAAAGAUCCAGAGCAUCCUUAUUCGUUGGAAGAGUUGAAAGUCAUAACGGAAGAUGCAAUUGAGGUUGAUGACAAGCGUAGCUACGUAAGGGUCACAUUUACUCCAACUGUAGAGCAUUGCAGCAUGGCUACAGUAAUUGGCUUAUGUUUGCGGGUCAAACUAAUGCGCUCUUUGCCACCACGUUACAAGGUUGAUAUUAGAGUAGCACCUGGUUCUCAUGCCUCUGAAGCUGCAGUAAACAAACAGCUGAACGACAAAGAACGCGUGGCAGCAGCUUUGGAAAAUCCUAACCUCGUUGAUAUGGUCGACGAAUGCCUUGCACCUUCACUGAUAUAAACUUAUAAUUCUCUCAAUAUAGUAUGAGUAUCUAUUGCAAUACUUCAUUUGUAUCUGGAGUUUUUUUUUUCUAUACAUGUCAAAUGUAUUGAUUUUGUAACACCAA